UCGGCAUUCACUCAAACAACGAACCAAAAAAUAGCAGACUCUUUACACAUGUUACAAUUCUGCUAAUAAAUUGUUUAUAAAACAUGAUGUGAAUGCUUGUUUGCUCCAUAUACUACAUAAAAAGAUGUGAGGAGUGGUCCUCAAUUAGUUGGAGCCCUAACACUACAGAAACUGUUUGAAUGGCACCAGUAGAACCAUCUGAACAUUUUUCCUUUUUGAAGAUGAUCAAAAGUUGAUGGAUCAGUUGGGAGUUGAAGCUAAAUGGGCUGUCCCUGUGGCAUCCUCGGAUGAUCUUCUCCCGCCCAAGCCAGAGGAACCCAGUCAGGCAGACUGCUGUGGGACUGGAUGCAUUCCAUGUGUAUUCGAUAUCUACGACCAAGAAUUAAAACUGUGGGAAGAAGAUUGUAGGAAAGUCAUGGAGGGUGCCAGCAUAACCAAAGAAGAAACAGAGGCGGAUUCUUCUGACAGUGUCCUCUCUCUUACUGAAUACAGACCAUUUGCAAUUCAGUCAAUUUCUGUCAUAAGUCAUGACACCAAACUCUACAGGUUUUCACUUCCAACAAAUGGUUGUCUUGGUCUUCAAGUGGGGCAGCAUAUCAUCAUGCGAAGUAGAGGGCUGCCUAGUACUGUGACACGCCAGUACACCCCAGUCAGUUGUGUCAGUUUAAGAGGCAGCUUCGAUGUUCUUAUCAAGGUUUAUCCCAAGGGCAAGAUGUCCCAGUAUGUGAAAGAUUGGAAAGUGGGUGAAGAAGUCUAUUGGAGGGGACCUUUUGGACAAUUAACAUACAAACAAAAUCAGUACAAAAGGAUUAUCAUGCUUGCUGCAGGCACAGGCAUUGCGCCAAUGGUUCAAGUCAUCCAGCACAUCCUUGACAAUGAAGCAGACGAAACACUGGUAAAACUACACUAUGGUUGUCGAUCAUUUGCGGACAUUAUUUUGAAGUACAAACUCGAUGAAUGGAGUAGUUACUGGAACUUUUCUGUUGAGUAUUUUCUAAGUGAGGAUACUGAGGUCAACGUUAUUGCGAAGAAAAAGUAUUGUGAUCGUUUUCAUAUUGGACGAAUAAGUCGGCACACGAUUCAACAGGAAUUGGGUGAUUUGACACUGCCUUCCACUUUGGUGCUAAUUAGUGGGACAAAGUCAUUUGAUAAGGAUAUGAUAAACUUUUGCACAAAAACUGGAUUGUCUCAAGAAAAUAUAUUCAAGUUCUAACUGUGAUGUUCAGGUUACGGGUGUACCAUGUUAUUGAUGAGCCACCUGGAGUGUUGUAGUUUUAUCUAAUUGUUGUAUAGUUUCUGAAAACAUGAUCCUAGAAAUGAAAUAAAAAA